GUCACUCAGGUUUCUGAGCUCCAGGCUCUGGCUGGAUGCACAUGGCUGGUGAUUCAGAUCGCAUCAUGACUGCUAUCUUUGAUGACAAGGAUUUGUUGGAAUGGUUCUGGGAUGACUUUGAAAAUUUCACUGGCACGCCACCCACAGACGAACAUUACUAUAGUCCCUGUAGGGCAGACACUGAGUCACUCAACAAGUAUGCCGUAGUUGUCAUCUAUGCCCUGGUCUUCCUGCUAAGCCUACUGGGAAACUCCCUGGUGAUGCUGGUCAUCUUAUACAGCCGGGUCGGCCGCUCUGUCACUGAUGUCUACCUGCUGAACCUGGCCAUGGCUGACCUGCUCUUUGCCCUGACCUUGCCUAUCUGGGCCACCUCCAAGGCAAAGGGCUGGAUCUUUGGCACCCCUCUGUGCAAGGUGGUCUCGCUCCUGAAGGAAGUCAACUUCUACAGUGGUAUUCUACUGCUGGCCUGCAUCAGCGUGGACCGCUACCUAGCCAUCGUCCACGCCACACGCACGCUGACCCAGAAGCGCCACUGGGUCAAGUUCAUAUGCAUAGGCAUCUGGGCCCUGUCCUUGGUCCUGGCCCUGCCCAUCUUCAUCUUCCGUGAAGCCUACCAUCCACCCUACUCCAGCCCCGUCUGCUACGAGGACAUGGGCGCCAAUACAACAAAGUGGCGGAUGGUGAUGCGGGUCCUGCCCCAGACCUUUGGCUUCCUCCUGCCCCUGCUGGUCAUGCUGUUCUGCUACGGACUCACCCUGCGCACCCUGUUUGCCGCCCACAUGGGGCAGAAGCACCGGGCCAUGCGCGUCAUCUUUGCCGUCGUGCUCGUCUUCCUGCUCUGCUGGCUGCCCUACAACCUGGUCCUGGUGGCAGACACCCUCAUGAGGGCCCGGGUGAUCGCUGAGACCUGUGAGCGCCGCAACGACCUCGGCCGGGCCCUGGAUGCCACCGAGAUCCUGGGCUUCCUGCACAGCUGCCUCAACCCUCUCAUCUACGUCUUCAUUGGCCAGAAGUUUCGCCACGGGCUCCUCAAGAUCAUGGCCAUCCACGGCCUGAUCAGCAAGGAGUACUUGGUGAAGGACGGCAGGCCUUCCUUCGUUGGCUCUUCUUCAGGGAACACUUCUACCACCCUCUAAGGCCCCCACGCGGGACUCCUCCCUUCCCCUCGGUGUCCAUUCUGAGCCAGCCUCGUGUCCUCUGGCUGUUCACAGCCCUGGGCCAAGGCAGCCCCCCACUGUGGUUACAGGAAGUUGCUGAGGCCACUUCCUUGGCAGGCCCCCACCUUCUGGUGUAGAGAGCCUGCCCUGGCCCCCAGCCCUUACCGUAAUUACCUUGUCAACUGCUAGAGCUCAGUCCACCCGACUCUACCAUUGAGCCCACAGCCCUCUGUCUUCUGACAGACGUUCUUUGAAGGUGUUCUUGAAGCGAUUACAGAGAGUUCCCACCAUUGGGAGCCAUUAGUCUCAAACACCGUGAGUUCCUUCCCCAACUCUCCCUUUCCUUGCCUCCUGGCAAAGUCUACCUCCCUUGAGAGAGGCUGAGAAGGACAGACACUCACUUUCUAAGGCUCUCUUAAGCUAUGAGUGGCCCUAUCACCUGGUUCUGAUUAAUAAGACUGAGGGGCACUAGUGUGCUGGUAGGCCAUUCUCCUAGGGAAAAAGUCUUGAUUUGUAGGAUUUGCCAUGCUCUGUGGUAUAAAUAAAUGCUCCCUCUAUGGCUGA